CCUGUCAAUUUAUUAUACCUAUGCUGCAAUUAUAAAAAUAAAACCAUCUAACCAACAAGUCAUCGGAUAAUAAGUAAAUACAGUCAAGAGUAAAGGACAUGACGACUAGUCGAAAUUGCAAGUGCAACAACGUAAGCAUAGUCGAAGGCAUUUUUGGCGAAGUUUGCGCAGACAAUCCCAACGACGAGUUAGAAAAUGUCGAAUCCGUCCUGUCGUCCUGCGGUGAAGGCGACCAUAGUACGGGCAAAGAGAACGAGUCAAUCAAGAUCAAGUCCUACACGAUGUGCAACGCUAAUCGGAUGGAGGUCAAGGUCAUAACCUGGGGGGCGACGAUCGUGUCAAUCAAGUGUCCUGAUAAGUACGGAGAUACAGCCGAUGUCGUUCUUGGCUUCGACGAUCUCGAGAGUUACUUAGAUCCAAGUCUCAAUUCUUACAUCGGAUGUAUCCUCGGCCGAUGCGCAAACCGAAUUAUGGACGGGUCUUUCAAGAUAAAGGAUACUGAUUAUUUCUUGACGAGAAACGAGAUGGACAGACAUCACUUGCAUGGCGGAGUAAGGGAACAAAAAGAAAUUUCGUCCGCGCAUAUCGAUCCGCACUUUGACUCGGUGGCUCUUAAUUUUCAUAGCAAGCCUAUAUUCGCCGCAAAAAAGAACGAACAUUUUUUGUCCAGCUCGUCGAAGCAGCAACUAAUUAACUGCCAAACGAACGGAUUUGGUCGUCGAAUCUGGGAAUCGCACCUGGAGGACGGUUGUUCUGUGAUAAUGAGCUAUUUGAGCGCCGAUGGAGACGAGGGUUAUCCUGGAGCGGUUUUGGUCACGGCCAAGUUCAAACUGACGGAUGACAAUCGGUUGACGAUCGGUAUUCGCGCGAGCACGUCGAAACCAACGCUUGUCAACCUGUCGCAUGGUUCUCUCUUCAAUCUUGCUGGACACGACGCGGGUGAAGAGGAGUUGAGGUCUCAUAAGAUCACGUUAAACUGCGAUCGCUGGACUGUCUCCGAAUUCGAAGAUCCGGUUCCAACGGGUGCAAUACGAGGUGUUGGCGGUACGACUAUGGAUCUUAGGAUAGCAAAAACGAUAGGUGAAUCUGUAGACAAGGCUACAUUGGGCAAAGGCUUCGAUCAUAACUUCUGCGUUCUUCGAAACUCGCAACCGGAAGUUUCUUUCGUCGCUAGAGCCCUGCACCCAAAAACUGGAAGGUUUCUCGAGAUCUAUUCCGAUCAACCAGGCGUACAAUUCUACACAGCCAGUAGAUUGCCACCUUACACUCCGGCCACUAUCUUUCCCUGCGACGAUCAAGUCGUCGAUUGUGCUGAUCCUUGCGACUGUGAAACUGAAAGUAGUAAUGCCGAAAGUCACGUUUCGGAGAAGAACAAGCUGCAGUUCCUGCCAGGAAAGGCCGGAGCCGAAUACAAGAGAUUCUGCGCGUUUGGACUGCAACCACAGAAUUAUCCUAACGCUGUGAACGUCGCAAAGUUUCCAUGUCCCAUUCUACGUCCCGGUCAAGUCUACUAUCACGAUCUGAUUUACAAAUUCGGAGUCCAGCUCUGCGAUUCUUUGUAAUAUCGACCAUUUCAAAUAAUAUACCGUAAUCGUUUCAAAAUCAA